CCGAAGCUCGAUGGUAAUCCGUAGACACUCCGUAGACAAGCCUACAUAUUUUAUCAGCUGAUUGUGAACUGUCAGUUUCGAAUUUGACAGAUCUCCGCAAUGUUUGCUACUUUGACAUUUGCAAAUUCCCUGUAUUACGAAAUCAUAGAAAUAGAAAUAUAACAUUUUCAGUAAGUUUCCGUCACAUAAUCGACUUCACGGCAGCCCAUGAUGUCGACCCAUAUACCAUUAAUAGAAUACAUUAGAUGACUUCAAGUUGCACCAACUCUGGAUAAGAAAAUUUUCAAUAUGAAGUUCACUACAGUCCCAAGAAUAUCAAUGAAUAUAUAAUCCCGAUGCCAUUCAAUAUAAAAAAAAAACCGGAUUUACAAGUGAUGAAUGUAAUUUUAUCCCGACUAAACAAAAAUGGUGAGUGUCCCGGUACAUAAGCCCAAAACUCUGGCGCGCGAUUUAAAUCGUGAUGUCACCGAUUUACUAAUGGGGGGUGUGUCGGCUAUGUUCGCUUCUCUAUUCACAAACCCUAUAGAAGUAGUCAAAGUAAGACUGCAGUUACAAGGAGAACUUAAAGCGAGGGGCGAACAUGCUGUCUUCUAUAAGAACGUGCCCCAUGGCCUGUAUGUGGUCGGCAAAAAUGAAGGAAUCGUGGCCUUGCAAAAUGGACUGACCGCCAUGCUUGGGUUUCAGUUCUUUUUAAAUAUUUUUAGGUUAGGAUCCUUCCGAAUAGCCGAAAGAAGGGGCAUGCUCAAAGACUCAACGGGGCACACCUCCUUGUUACGAGGCGCCGGCGUCGCGGGCGUUGGCGGCGCCCUAGGGUCUAUAGCCGGGACUCCAUUCUACCUAGUGAAGGUUAGGCUGCAGUCUCAAGCAGCCAAGGCGAUUGCUGUCGGCCAUCAGCAUAAGUGCAAGGGGACUACGAGCGCGCUUGUAGAUAUAUUUAGAAAUGAAGGUGUUAAAGGUCUUUUCCGCGGCGUUGGUCCUCAAAUUCCUCGUGGCAUGGCCGGCAGUGCCUCUCAGAUCCUAAGCUUCACGUACGCUAAAGACUGGCUGCGGGCUCACGACUUGUUCACGGAGUACCCUCUCAUGCUGUCCUUCUUCGGAGCCAACCUUGGAGGCAUCGUGAUGACCCUGUGCUUGAACCCCUUCGAUGUCAUUGCUACUAGGCUGUGUAAUCAACCCGUCGACGCCCAAAACAAAGGGAAGCUUUACAAAGGUAUGAUCGACUGUGGCCUCAAAAUGAUUCGCUUCGAGGGCCCAAUGUCACUCUACAAAGGUGUUGGAGCAAACUACUUGAGGCUCGGACCUCAUACAGUGUUGCUACUCAUGUGCUGGGACAAACUCAAGGAAAUCGACGAGUAUGCCCGUAGUUGAUACCUCUAUACAUAAACAAAGGAGUUCCCGCUGUAUUGGUGUUGCCAGAAUCAAAAAUACAUCAAUUUGGUAGUAUUUUUUUAAAUAGUGAUUAAGCAUCUUUUUUUUAUUGAUUGUAUGAAUAAAAAUAACAUAAUACUGCUUUUAAGGGAAAUGGUAGUGAACUAUGGUUAUUUGAGUCAUCUCAUGGGCAUCGUAUCUCAAGUGCAAGUAAGUUUGAAGUUCUAGUAUAACUUAACAUGCUCAUCACAUUCAGAUAUUGUUUUUACAAAUAUUAUAUUUAUUAGUUAUUUGUGCAGCUAUUAUGGGUCAAGUACUAUCAGUAAAUAAUGGCUUGGUAGUUAAAUUAUUUAGUACCCUUAAAAUCGUACCUCAUUAUAACUAAUUAUGAAUAUUAUUAAAUUAUUAUAGUAUUGUACACAGAAAACAAAGUCAAUUCCUGUGAGAAAAAUUGAUAGUUAACAUCAAGCAUAGAAUUUUCUAAAAGUAUAAUACCGACUUUCGCAGUACCGAACAUUUUUGAAUCAGUUGUAUUGAUUUUCUUUUAAAAAUAAGGUGUAGAAAAUCUGGGACCUGGCAAUGGCUACACCACACUUUGACCAUGAUCUAAAAAAACGUAAAAAGGUAAAUGUUUAAAUAAAAACCUGAAACAAACGGUUUGGAUAUUAUUAAAUAUUUUUUACUAGACUUUUAUUUUAUUCUUAAAUUGAGAUUAAUCAACUAUGCAAACCUCUGUGAUAAGAAAUCAUUACCAGUUUUCAAUAUUGUUUAUUUUUUUAGUUACCUCAGUUCUAAAGUUAUAUAUUUAAUAGUUUUAUAACCUUUUUUUGUUGAUGCUACAAUAAAAUCAUUGUUUUAUA